ACGUCACAGGAACCCAAACAGCCGUGCUCAGCUGCUGUUGUUGUGUCUGUAAACAACAACAUGUUUCCUCUCCCUACAGCGGUAUUUUAAACCAUGAUCUCCGUGAGUUACCUCCUGCUGUGCGGACAGCUGCUGCUCCUGAUCUCCGUGAUUCUGCUUCAGUUUCUGGAGGGGAUCCACUCCCAGAACUCCUCCAGCCCCGCGAGUCCCGAGGCCUCCUCCUCCCCGGGCCACAGAGCCUCAGAGCCGGGCAGCAGAGCCACGGAGCCCCCGGCCUCCAGCCAGCUGCCUCCGGAGCUCCAGAGCUACGAAGCCCCGGCGGAGAGCACCAACUACACGGAGCCUUUCGAGUACAAACCUCGGUCUCCGGUGGUCCUGUGCAGCUACCUCCCGGAGGAGUUUGUGUUCUGUCAGGACCCGGUGGACCACGCAGGAAACCACAGCGCCUUCCUGGAGCUGGGACACGGCUGCGUGGGGUGGGGGGGGCAGACUCAGAAGGAGGUGAACCAUACGAAGGUUGUGUGUUCGGCGCUGGACGACAUCGAGUGUGCCGGAGCACGAGAGUUCCUGAGAGGCAACUUCCCCUGCAUCAAGUACACCGGGCACUACUUCAUCACCACGCUGCUCUACUCCUUCUUCCUCGGGUGCUUCGGGGUGGACCGGUUCUGCCUCGGUCACACGGGCACGGCGGUCGGGAAGCUUUUGACGCUCGGGGGUCUCGGCAUCUGGUGGUUCGUGGAUCUGAUCCUGCUCAUCACCGGCGGGUUGAUGCCCAGCGACUACAGCAACUGGUGCACCUACUACUGAGGAAAGAGGGUUAGAAACAGAGGGAGAUGAGAUGAGAUAAGGUGGAACUUUAUUCAUCCUCUUGGGGAAAUUCAGGCGUUUAAUGGCAGCAACAUGGUCAGUUAAAAAAAACACAAGGUAAAAAUAAAGACAAAUAGAAUAAAAUAAUUUAAAUAAUAGUCUCCAAAAAACACCUUAACUACCUACUAAAAUACCACCUUAAGUUUCCAAAUACCACCUUAACUGUCCAAAAAUAGAUUUAAAGUGUCCCCUGUGUGUCUCAGGUACACCGGGCACUCACGCUGCUCUAAUCAGAUUUGUUUUUAUAGGAAAACAGAAUCUCAGAAUUCCAACUUUUUUUUCUCAGAAUUAAAAAAAAAAAUCUUAAAAUUCCGACCCCACAACUUUUUUUUCUUAGAAUUCCCACUUUCCCCCUCACAGAACUUCAACUUUUUUUUCUCAGAAUUCCCAAAAUGUUUUCUUAGAAUUCCCCAAAAAAAUUCUCAGAAUUCCCAAAUAUGUUUCUUAAAAUUCCGACUCACAUUUUUUUCCUCAGAAUUCUGACUUUUUUUUCUUAUAAUUCCGACUCACAGAACUUCUAAUUUUUUUUCCCACUACUCACAUUUUUUUUCUUGGAAUUCUGAUUUAUUUUCUCACAACUGCGACUUUUUUCUCAGAAUUCCCCAAAAUUUUUCUUAGAAUUCCAACUUUUUUUUCUCAGAAUCCCCAAAAAUUUUCUUAGAAUUCUGACUUUUUUUUCCCACAACUCACAUUUUUUCCUCCAAUUCCGAGAUCUCAUGUGUUUCUCACGCGUGGCCGUAACCCUCCUCCGUUUAAAACCAAGAUGUGUUUCUCUUGAAAAUGUCCUGGAGUCUCUUUAAGAUGUUGUACAUACUUUUGAUCGUGAAGGGAUUUAUUUUGUACUGUUCUAUUUAUGCCUUAUUGAGUCAGAAAAUACGUGUCAUGGUGAAAUAAAUACAUACAAAUAUA